AUGGAUGGACAAGUACACAUGGAUUUCUGGGAGGUCUCAUGGCGAGGCUACAAGACAGACAUCAACUCGUCUCAGUUCUGCGAGGCACAUCCUUACGUGAUAAACUCGCAGGGGGUAUGGGAGAUAAUCAGUUACAAGAAAUCAGGGAUGAGCUUCUGGGAGUAUCCUCUCCCGAAUCUCGAGAUCAUUAUAUUUUCGACUUAUGUUAUUUGGCGGCUCUUUGAUUUCUCAUGCAGCAAGAUGGGUCUUCGACUACCUAGAUUCACUUACAUGAUGAUCGCAGGGGUGAUCUUAGGUCAAACUAGUAAUAUAAGCAACAAGUUAUGGCUUCAUAACAUAUUUUUCCCUGAUGAUCCGCGACCAAAGGUGGCCGAGACACUAGGGGCCUUCGGGUUCCUUUUAUAUUGGUUCCUAAAGGGUGUGACAAUGGAAGCUGGAACGGGAGUGAGGAUUGGGAAAAAAGCUGCUGUGAUUGGGUUCACCACAAUGUUUGUACCCUUGAUGUGUGGCAACUACCUGUUCAAACGGAGACGAAAAAGCGGUAUAAGCUUGUAUGUAACAGAAUACAGGUUGAUCAUAUUCAUGCAAAGCAUAUCCGCGUUCACAAGCAUUGAUACACUCUUAAAAGACCUUAAGAUCAAACAUUCUGAGUUUGGGAGGAUAGCACUUUCCGGGGCCAUGGUGACCGACAUGUUGGCCUUUAUUGUAACCUUUUUGAAUGCCAUGUAUUACGAUGCAAAGGUUGGAGUAGAGCAAACCAUAUUCAGCUGCUUAUUUUUCGCCUUUAUGGUAUUUGGCGUGAGGCCAGCUAUGUAUUGGGUGAUCAAGCGGACUCCAGAAGGGAGGCCGGUCAAGGAUAUCUACAUCUACUCAAUUUUGGCGUUUGCUGUUAUAUCUUUCAAAUAUUUUCAACUAAUUAAGUCAUAUGGACCCGCAGGAUCCUUUGUUUUUGGCUUGGCUGUUCCACACGGAUAUCCUUUAGGUACUGCUUUUGUUCAGAAGUUCGAGAGCUUUAAUCUUGGUGCUAUAUUUCCACUGUUUGGAUCAUUAACUAUGAUGCAAGUGGAUGUCCCAUGGUUGUUGGAAGAAUGUGUACAGCUCAUACACAUGAAGGGUCAGCUUUAUGAGGUUGUUUCCUUUAUGCUUUUUGUGAGCGCCACAAAGUUCAUUGCUUCCACCAUAGCCGCGUAUUCAUUUAAAAUGCCCUUAAGAGACUCCUUUGCUCUAGCCCUUGUUUUAAAUAACAAAGGGGUCUUCGAGCUCGCCUACUUCGCCUAUGCAGUUGAAACAGGGAAAGUAACGACACAUGUUUUCACAAUCAUUGCUGCAAUCAUCCUCUUAAACUCCAUCUUCUUACCAAUGGCUUUGGAGCUAGUCCAUGACCCUACCAAAAGAUUCAAAAGCUAUCGAAAAAGGAAUUUGGGGAUCUUGAAAGACGGUGCAGAACUCCAGACUCUUGUGUGCAUCUACAAACCUGAUCACAUAACUUCAAUGAUCAGCCUUUUGGAUGCUUUUAACCCAUCAAAAGAUUCUCCAAUGGCGUGCAGCGUACUCCACCUCAUUGAUAUUGUCGGUCAAGCCACUCCUAUGUUCAUUUCCCACCAGCUGCAAAAACCGGAGCUCGGAAGUAUCUCUUGUUCCGACAAUGUCAUAAGCUCCUUCCGUCGCUUCCACACCAAAGUAUUUGAAUAUACAUCAAUAGAUAUAUUCACAUCUGUCUCCAUGUCCAAACACAUGCAUGAGGACAUUUGUUGGUUAGCCCUUUCCAGAAGCAUGACUCUGAUCCUGCUUCCUUUCCACCGAACCUGGUCUACUGAUCGAUCCACGGUUAUCUCAAACGAUGAUAAGCUGAGAAUGAUCAACAUUAAUGUCCUGAGACGUGCCCCUUGCUCUGUUGGAAUCUUCAUCUAUCGCAAACCCAUCGUGGAAUAUCAUACGACUGCCUACUGCAAGAUAUGUCUGAUAUUUAACGGUGGAAAGGAUGAUAGAGAGGCAUUGGCAAUAACAAAACGAAUGAAACUGACGGAGACACGCAUAAGGCUGACAAUCAUAAGAUUCAAUCCAACAUCUUCUGAAAUGAAUCACCAGGAGGCUGACGAAACCUUCCAAACGGUUGGCCUGAAGGAGACUGUGACUAACAUUUUCAAAGAAAAUGAUGAAUCUGUGACAUAUAUUGACAAAUAUAUAUCAGAUGGAUCUGAGACCUCCAAGAUCUUGAGAGCAAUGGCAAAUGAUUAUGAUUUGUUCAUAGUCGGAAGAGGCUGCGGAAUAGGUACGGAGGCUACCAGCGGACUCAGUGAGUGGACAGAGUUCGAUGAACUGGGACCCAUUGGAGAUUUACUAGCAUCACAUGAGUUUCCAUCUAGAUCAUCAGUGUUAGUUGUAAAAAAACAAGACUACAUUCAUAAAACCAGAAGCCACAAAAGGAGAUCAAAGUAA